AUUACGCGCUACAGCUGUAGCUCACUAAAAGUUUAUUUAUUUAAAUGUAAUUGUUUAAACUAAGUGUUCGUUUAUAAUAAAGUGUAUUAGACCACGAAUUUACUGAUCACCUAUUUAUUUAAUAGUAGUAGUAAUUUACCCGCUACAUUGCAGAGUGAUGUACUUUUAACUGUUUGCGCAUGCGCAAAUGUUAUUAUUUGUUGAUGGGAAAUGAAUUAUGGUGGCAGAAAAAUGGCAAACUCCCAACUUGCACUGUGUAAUUUUGAGUGUAAGCCGGAAUUAUUUUGCUACGCGGUGAAAAUUUUUGCUGUGGCUUGUCACUGUGCUUUAAAACUGUGAUAGAAACAUAAACAAAUGGGGGUAGAGUUGAAUGAUAAAUAAGUGAAGUGAAGAGUGAGGACGUUCCAUACUUUAAUUAGGCGGACUGUAUUUCUAAACUUAACCUAGAAAUUCUAAAUUGUUGUUACAAAAUAAUUAUAAGAAUUACUUAUUUUUUAUGAAAUAAAUAAAGAAUAGAUGAAAAAAUGAAGAAGGAGCGGACUGCCGAUAAUUGUCGGCCUUUUAAAUUAGCUCACCAAAUUUUGAGUCUGACCGGCAUAAGCUUCCAGCGAAAAAGUAUCAUUGGUUUUGUAGAACUGACAAUUGUCCCGCUGAAAGAUAGUUUAAGGAUCAUCAAAUUAAAUGCCCGGCAAUGUAGAAUUUACCGUGUGUGCCUGAACGACACAUUUGAAGCUCCAUUUCAGUACUUUGACCCAUUUUUGGACAUUUGUCAAGGCGAUGGCAAACAGAGAUCGUUGGAGUUUUUCUCGAACAUGCAUUUGGCAGCAGCGCAGAGAGUCGACCCGGACAACAACAACGGCGAGCUUGUCAUCCAGGUACCUCCUGAAGCAGCCCACCUAAUAGCGGAAGGACGUAACUUAAGAAUAGGGAUUGAAUUUUCGUUGGAACAACCCGAGGGUGGAGUCCAUUUCGUUCUUCCUGAUUGUGAAGGGACAUUAGCUGAGAGAGGCGCGCAUAUGUACACAUACAGCUACGAAAAUUCAUCGAGGCUGUGGUUUCCAUGUGUGGAUAGUUUUGCCGAGCCAUGUACGUGGAAAUUGGAGUUCACGGUUGAUGAUUCUAUGACAGCAGUAUCUUGCGGUGAUUUGGUGGAAAUUGUUUAUACACCGGAUAUGCGAAGGAAGACUUUUCACUAUGUUCUAAAUACUCCGGCUUGUGCUCCUAAUAUUGCACUUGCUGUUGGACCAUUUGAAAUCUACGUCGACCCAAACAUGCAUGAAGUAACUCACUUCUGUCUCCCACAUCUUCUGCCAUCACUUAAAGUCUCUGCAAAGUACAUGCACGAGGCAUUUGAGUUCUACGAAGAAACGCUGUCUAACAGAUACCCGUACUCUUGUUACAAACAAGUCUUUGUCGAUGAAAUCGACGAAGACAUAAACGCUUACGCAACUAUGAGUAUUUUAAACACAAACCUCUUGCAUUCCACUGCGAUAAUCGAUCAAGUUUAUAUAACCAAAAAAGCGAUGGCUCAAGCAAUAGCUGAGCAAUUCUUCAGUUGUUUUAUUUCCAUGCAGAACUGGUCAGACAUUUGGCUGCCAAAAGGCAUCUCAACAUACCUAACAGGAUUGUACGCAAAAAAAUGCUUUGGAAACAACGAGUACCGCGAUUGGAUUCACUCAGAGCUUCAGGAAGUCGUAAAAUACGAAGAACAGUUUGGAGGAAUAAUUCUAGACCCGUCUCAGCCUCCAGCACCUCUUCCUAUUGCUACGAAUACUCCAGUUCCUACUCCGCGAGUUCCUGACCCCGGGUUCUAUUUUCCUAUCCGUAAUUUACACACAAUGUCGCCAAAGUACAUUGAGAUGCUAAGAAAGAAGGCUCAUCUCGUAAUUCGGAUGUUGGAGAACCGAAUUGGACAGGAAUUACUCCUACAGGUGUUUAACAAACAGUUGUCGCUAGCGGCGAACGGAGCUCAGCAGAAAAUUGAGUCUGGUCUCUGGCCGCAAAUGUUAAUUAGCACCAACGUCUUUACCAAGGCAAUUUUUACAGUCACUGGCAAGGACAUGGCUGUGUUCAUCGACCAGUGGGUGAGAACUGGCGGACACGCCAAGUUUAGCCUAAGUUUUGUCUUCAAUCGUAAGCGAAACACGGUUGAACUUGAAAUCCGACAGGAUACGACUCAUCAGCGAGGCAUCAGAAAGUACGUUGGCCCGUUGUUGGUCAAUAUUCAGGAGCUGGAUGGGCCCUUCAAGCACACACUUCAAAUUGAAGGGACUGUCGCGAAAGCUGAUAUAACUUGUCACAGCAAAAGUCGUAGAAAUAAAAAGAAAAAAAUUCCUCUUUGCACCGGAGAGGAAGUUGAUAUGGAUUUGUCGGCCAUGGAUGACUCUCCAGUGCUUUGGAUUCGUCUGGACCCGGAUAUUACAUUGAUGAGAGCGGUUCAUAUCGAACAACCUGAUUAUCAGUGGCAGUACCAGCUGAGACACGAAAGAGAUGUCACCGCUCAAGUUGAAGCGAUUGAAGCACUGCAAAAUCAUCCGACUCCUGCUACAAGAUUAGCAUUGACUGACACGAUUGAAAACGAGCAUUGCUACUACAAGAUCCGAUUACGUGCAGCUCAUUGUCUUACCAAAGUCGCCAACGCAAUGGUAGGAACUUGGGCAGGACCUCCAGCAAUGCUCGCGAUCUUCCGGAAGCUUUACGGCUCGGCAUCUUGUCGUCGGAUAAUUAAACAAAACAACUUCACAAACUUCCAGCACUACUUCCUCCAGAAAACUAUUCCCGUAGCCAUGGCUGGUCUUCGAAACAUUCACGGAAUCUGUCCUCCAGAAGUCCUGGCGUUUCUCAUGGACUUAUUUAAAUACAAUGACAACAGUAAAAAUCGCUACUCGGACAAUUAUUACAGAGCAGCAUUGAUAGAGGCUCUUGGCGCGACGGUGAAUCCGGUGAUGAGUGUCCAACAAGGAGCUUCCAUCACUUCUGAGUCGUUAUCCGUCGACACAAAAGCAAUCCUUGAGGAAGUGACGAGACAUUUGAACCUAGAAAAAUUAUUACCGUGCUACAAGUACACCGUCACUGUCUCAUGCCUCAAAGUGAUAAGGAUUCUUCAGAAAUUCGGGCACUUACCGAGCAACCCACUCCUAUUCAAAGCCUAUGCAUCUUACGGGCAAUUUAUCGACGUGAGAAUCGCUGCUCUGGAGGCUUUGGUAGACUUUACGAGGGUCGAUGGCAAGUGGAAAGACCUGGAGUUCCUUCUAGACAUGGCUGAGAUGGACCCACAUCCAGGAGUAAGACACAGACUGGUGAGGUUGAUGGUACAGAUUCCACCUUUUGACAAGUCUGUGAAACACCCGCUAGAUCGUCCAGAGCUCGUUGAUAGGAUCUGGAAUCUCAUCAAUGGAAUGCUGUCACACGACUCUAAGCUUCGAUGUGAUUUCGUAGAUCUUUAUUAUACUUUGUAUAGAUCCAAGCGACCUCUUUGUCUGCCAAUUCCGGAACUCGCCGGACUGCUGAAGCCCAAAAAAGUUGAACCUGAGAAUGAUGAGUCCAGAAUUGUUAAAACACCAGCUGUUAAACCGAUGCAAGAAAUUAUUGAAUUGGAUCCUCCGAGUGUGAUUCCUUCUAUUAAAAGGAAGUCAUCGCCGGCAAAAGAAACCCCUUUGGGAAUUUUUGCUCCAGAGAAUGUACCUGAACCCAAACGCGCUAAAAUCACCGAAAUUUCCGAGGACGGGAAAGUCAAGUCUGAGUAUUAUAGUGAUAACUCAGCAUCUCUUCCUGGUUUAACAGGAGCUCCUCCAGCUGGACCUGUUGGUUUCGAGCCAGGAAUGUUUAAGAAAGAUUCUGAAGACCAUAAGACCAAAGGCGAAUCCAACAAGGGUAAAAAGAAAAAGAAAGAUAAGAAGAAGCACAAACACAAGCACAAGCACAAGCAUGAUCACAAGCAUGGAAAGGACAAAGAUAAGAAAGAUAAAGAUAAGAAAAAAGAAGAUAAAGGCAAAGACAAGGACAAAGAAAAGGACAAUAAAGAUAAGGACAGAGAAAAUGAAUUGAAAUUGAAGGAAGAAACUCUUUCAUCUAAUAGCUCGAGUCCUAGUCCUGAGCCUACGAAUAAUACGGAAUUCAUUUAUCCGUAAUAAAACUUUCUUCUUGUUAGUAUUAAAAAAUUUAUA